CCACAACCGUCUGUCUUCUAAUUGUUUUGUUUCCUCCUCCCUAUAAUAACUAUCUCUACCCACACUCUCUUCCAGAGACCACCCACCACCAUUGGUGCUCCACUCUCUCUCUCUCUCUCUCUCUCUCUCUCUCUCUCUCUCUCUCCCUAAACCCAAUCCGGGUCGGUCCUCCCCACCUACAAAAACCCGCAACCCGAUUCACCCUUUUUCGGCUUCCUCAUUCUCAUCUGAUCCGGAUUUGAUUUCUUCCUCUCUCUCUCUCAAAUCACAGAGAGAGAGAAAGAAACCCCCUGAAAAUCCGCAAUGCUCUCUUUCCGGCUAUACGCCGCCGUCUCCUUCCUCUUCAGCCUCUCCGUCCUCUUCCCCCCCUUCUGCAUUGGCAUCCGCUCCUUCCCCACCCGCGCCCUCGACUCCUCCUCCGCCGGAGACGGUGUUUCGUCGUGGUCGAGAUUCUCGGAGGCGCCGGACUACCGGAACGGGGAGGAAUGCGCGACGUCGUUCGGCCGCGAGAUGGCGUCGUCGUGCGACCCGUCGUUGGUCCACAUCGCGAUGACUCUGGACUCGGAGUACCUCCGCGGCUCCGUCGCGGCGGUCCACUCGGUCUUGAAGCACGCUUCUUGCCCGGAGAACGUGUUCUUCCACUUCAUCGCGGCGGAGUUCGACCCGGCCAGCCCUCGGGUCCUGACCCAGCUGGUCCGAUCCACUUUCCCCUCCCUCAAUUUCAAGGUCUACAUCUUCCGUGAAGACACCGUGAUCAACUUAAUCUCGACCUCCAUCCGGGUCGCCCUGGAGAACCCGCUCAACUACGCCCGCAACUAUCUCGGCGACAUUCUCGGGCGGUGCGUGGAGCGCGUGAUAUACCUAGACUCCGACGUCCUAGUCGUCGACGACAUUCACAAGCUCUGGAACAUCUCCCUCACCGGGUCGCGGGUCAUCGGGGCCCCGGAGUAUUGCCACGCCAACUUCACAAAGUACUUCACGGACGGGUUCUGGUCCGACCCGCUCCUCUCCCGGGUCUUCUCGACCCGGAACCCCUGCUACUUCAACACCGGCGUCAUGGUCAUGGACCUGGUCCGAUGGCGGGAAGGAAACUUCAGGAAGAAGAUAGAGAACUGGAUGGAGCUACAGAGGAAGCGAAGAAUCUACGAGCUGGGUUCCCUGCCACCAUUUUUGCUGGUGUUCGCCGGAAAUGUGGAGGCGAUAGACCACCGGUGGAACCAACAUGGGCUCGGCGGCGACAAUGUGAAAGGGAGCUGUAGGUCGCUGCAUCCGGGGCCGGUGUCGUUGCUGCAUUGGAGCGGGAAAGGGAAGCCGUGGGUGAGAUUGGAGGCGAAGAAGGCUUGCCCUUUGGACCAUGUUUGGGAGCCUUAUGAUCUUUACAAGCAUCGUAACAUUGCCAAGUAUCGUCAUCAAUCCUUCUCGUCAAUUUCUGCUUCUACAUUGAUCGGGUUUUCAAGCUAUUUGUCAUGAUGAUGAUGAUGGUAGUCAUUAGUUGUUGCUUUGUUGUUAUGAUUCUUUUUUCUUUUUUUUUUGGUUCUUUUGAUACAUUUGUUCAGUGAUUCUUUUGAUAGAUCCAUGUACAGAUUAUUGAUUGGGUUCUUUAGAGGAGGAGGAAGAGAGAAAAUUCAUGUGGGGGGUACUAUCAUGUUUCUAUUGUACUUGGAUUUUCUUUUGUGCUGUGUAAGAUGAUUCAGUUCAGGGUUUUCUUCAAAACCAUUUUGGUGAAUUGAAAUGUAUAAUCUGUUGGGUGGUCUCUCUCAGGAUGAGAAUAUCAUACUCUUCUUAGCCUCC